AGCAGCAGCAGCAGUAGGAGUACCAGCAAGCAUGGUGCAGAGGCGAAAAACCCGCAGGAGAAAAGCGAACUAAAACAGGUUCAUCCCACACCUGCUGGCUGAGGUCUGCUGGAGCUGGUCUGCUGCUACAGCAGCUGAAAGAGGUAGUCUGCGAGAGUGGAACUCCCUCCCCGUGUUUUUUCUGCGGAGGGAUUCAGCUCUCUGGUGUCCCCGGCUCGCGGGCGGCCACCGUUUCGCGCGGGCUAUUCGCCCUUUCGAGCCCUCAUUUUCAGUGCAGAUUUCAACGAAAAAAAUUGUGCGACAGGAAGAGGAGCAGCACUCUGACCGACACUCAUACACCAUGCCCCGGGCCGAAAGGGCGCCGGGGUUUCUCCCUCACGGCAAGGGUGGGCGGGGGUUGAGGUACUCUAGACUAUGUGGUCUGAGAGAACGGGACUUACCCGGAAUGAUGUUGCGCCAGAGGAUGACGUGCAUGACGCCUACGACAGAGUUAUCCACUCAGUCAAGGGCAUGCCUCCAGCGGCCGUCGCGAGAGCAGCAGCGGCGACAACCACCACAGCAGACCCAGAACCACACGAUUCCCCGUUGAUUCGCCGGGCAGCGGUCGCUCUGGCAGGGAUGGGCGUGAGAGGACGGAUGUUUGCGGCAACGAGGCCACGAUCGACGUUCCACUCGCAGGUGGAGACCCCUCCGCUGUCGGUUUCAACGUCGUCGUCGACUGCGACGAGCUCUGGCAUCGUUUGGGGUGAGGUCUUCGACAACGCCCACAGCACCGACUUUGCUGCAUCUGCCCGACUUCGUACUAUCGUGGGGUCACCUCAAGACGAAGAGGAACAGCGCCGACAAAGGCCCAAAAAGCUGCCGAUGCCAGCAGCAGCAGUAGCAGUGGCAACGCCGGGAAACCGUCCACGCAGCUGCAAGUUUCUCCGCCACCUCCACCUCCAUGUGGCGACCAGCAUGACCUACCCACAGCAGCAUCAUCAGCAGCUGCACCAAUCCCAACAGCACGGAGCUGACAUGUACCUCCCGUUCGUGGCGGGUCUGGACGAGCUCACGCCACCGGGCGGGCUAUGCGAGCUGCUCGAAUCCCGUCAAAAAUUCCCUGAGCCUCCGUUAUCAGCAAGGGCUAAGGCCAGUCCGAUGGGGUCUGCGAGCCGGUCCCCGCCUUUUGCUGAGGCUUCGCCGGCAUGCACAUCGGUGUCGUCCUGUGAAUCAGCGCCUGGGCCAACAACACACUUCUUUUAG